ACUUUCACCAGCCACGCCGCGUAUAAUAAAAACCUCAGUGAUCCUCCUUCCAGAAGAAAGCCUGCUUACUUUCCCCUCUACUCCCAACUGCCCUCCAGUUCCCAACUCCUCUCUCAACAAAUCAAUUCCGCCAUUUUUCUUCUUUUCGAUUUGCUCUCUGUCUCCUUCCCAACCCAUCCGGCUAAUCGAUUCAAUCAACCUUCAAAAUACCGGCAACAGUCGGUCGCGUCCUGCUGCAGUGGAGGGGAAAGAAUGGAGAACAUGAUGGGGCUUCUCCGAAUCAAGGUGCUCCGAGGGAUCAACCUCGCCAUUAGAGAUGUCCGCAGCAGCGACCCUUAUGUCAUCGUCAAGAUGGGCAAGCAGAAACUGAAGACCCGAGUGGUGAGGAAGGAUGUGAACCCAGAGUGGAACGAGACCUUGACAUUGUCGGUCAGCGACCCGGGUCUUCCUGUCAAGAUCGAAGUGUUCGAUCGAGACCUGUUCAGGGACGACAGGAUGGGGGAUGCAGAGUUCGACAUUGGGACCUUCGUGGAAGCCGUGAGGAUGAACCUCCAAGGGCUGCCCAGCGGGACCAUCAUCACCAAGAUGCAGCCAAGCAGGAAGAACUGCCUGUCAGAGGAGAGCUCGGUCGUGUGGGCGAACAACGAGGUUGUGCAGCGCGUCUUCCUGAGGCUGCGAAAUGUGGAGUGCGGUGAGGUCGAACUCGAGCUUCGUUGGAUUCAUGUCCCUGGUGCCAAGGGCUUGUAGUAUAGAGGAAUGACUGUAAGUGAGCUGUUGUUUGUAGCUGAUAUAUGAUGUAUUGCUGAUUUUUUUUCCGGGUUUUUGCUUCUCACCAUUAGUUCUAGCACCCUAAUUAUCAAUAUCUACAGCUUAAUUGAUUCUUCUUCUGCUGCUGAUUACAGUUGUUUGAGUGUGUACAUUAUUCUGUCUGAGUUGUCUUUGCCCUGACAGAGGACACUUUUCUUUAGCAUAUAUAUGUUGCCAUGAAUAAGUGGCUCGUAAAUCGUAAUCUUCUCCAUCCUACUACCAAAAAUGUUACUUAACCUGGGAAUGACCGAAUUAGCUUAUUGACAUUGGACUCAUUCUAAUACCAGUACCAAAACAAAUUCUUAUGGUUUGAUGCAGAUUUGAGUUCCUUGCCGCAAUGGCACAUUUCAAGUGAAAAAUGACAACGAAGUGAACGAACACAACCAGUUGGGCUUGGGCCGAAUCUCAUACGUAAAGUUAUAAGGGGGUUGAUUAUUGAGCCCAUUAAUUUGGGGUCGGGAUCAUCCACCGGAUCAGUGGGUUUUCAUUUUGCUGACUGAGGUUAUGGGAAGCGGAUGAAUGAAGUAAAAUUCUCCGUUACGAAGGAAGAGUUUGGACAAAUGGGCUUCUCGCCGAGUUGGCGAUAUGGAUGGAACUAUCGAAGUUUGGUACCAGUAUUUGAAAUAUACCAAAUAUCGUAUUGAAUUUGUCGAUACUUGAUAUUACCGAAUACAUGUAUUAUCUUAUGCGAGUGGGAUUGAGUUUCAACUGUUAUUUUGUAUUAGAGAUUACAUGAUUGGAAUCAAUAUAUAUAUAUAUAUAUAUACGGAAAUACUUAUCAAUAUAGAAACCUAAGAUAGCGUGUACCCAAUUCCUGCUCCCUCACUCACUACUAUCAGACCCUCAACCUCCAAAAUGGUCAAUUAGUUAUAUAUAGUUCAUUCUCUCACUAUUUGACAACUCAUACAGAGCUCAUUUUGUUACUUGUAGUAUGUUUUUAGGUUGUUUAAUCGUCCACGGUUUUAAUUUGUUGCUUUAGUUUGUUAAUGGGCUUCUUAGGCACCACAUUUUCUAGUUUGUUGUUAAUAUACUUGUAGUUUUCCCCAUUCGUUUUGCAAGAGUGUUGGAUUUAUUGUUUGUUUUUAUUUAUUUUGCAAAUGGUUUGUGGAGGUGCUCACAGAGGAAAAGUAUUUGCAUUUGUAUAUUUGAUUUGUAAUUUCUGAACAUAACUAAUUUGAUAUUUAGUUUAUACCGAUACCGAACAAAUUUUCUGGGAUUUGGAUCGGGAUAUCAAAUUUAUUUUGGGAUUGAGAUUGUGAUUAAGUUUAGGACACUAUUUGGUAAUUGAUACUGGGAUACCGAUACUGUACUGAUUUCCUACCCUAGUUGGCGAGACGCUCAAGAGACUUAGCCACUUUGGGAGUUGGACACUAGCCAUUCAGAAACAAAAGGGAUGAGGCAUUAGCAAAUAUUAUCGCCAAUCUUGCAAAUUACUAGUUUUUUUCCACCGACUUUCAAUCUUUAUCCUCCAUUUUUCAUAAACACAAUAUAUACUUUCUCUUCUAUAUUUUGUCUUCAUAAAUCUAAUACUUUUCAAUUAUUUCAAAACAAUACUUUCAAUUAUUUUUCAUUAAUACUUUUCAAUUAAUUUUAGUAAAAUAUUCGUGACUAUUUUGGAAACAGGUUUCAAAUAUAGAUUAUGUUUGGUUGUAAAAUGAUAUACGGUGGAAUCAUCAUUUAUAUGUGUCUAAUAUCCAUAUAAUAGGAUACAUGUUGAUUGAUAAAUGAAUUUUGAUUUCAUGGUUGGCGUUAUUUGGAUAUAAAACAAGAAAAUAAAACAUAUUAUAUGUAAAAAUUGUAACAUCAUACAAAUUUUUUUUCAUGGUUCGCGUUAUUUUUCACAUACUACCAUCUAUAUUUUGUUCUUCAAAUUUUAGAGGUGUACCGGAGUACCGGACGCACCUACCUGAGCUUGCUAGGGUUUCUGCUUUUCUGCUACUGGUCCCUAAUAUCUUUGGUAGCUGUUCACUAUCAGUUGCUUUUUCUGCAUGAGGACAGAAUACCGUCCUGUUGUCUUCUUUCCUUUUCUCUGUUAAUGAAUUAAUGUCCGAGAGAGUCUUCAGUUUGGAUGCUGCCUGGGGCUUUUGCAGUUUCGAUCGUGCCCCUAGUACUUGUAGUAAUGGAACUUACUCAAUUCCCGAUUCCACUUUCCAGAGAGAAAUUGCGGUUCAUGGUUUUGGCACGUAAUAUACAUUCCAACCACUUCUUUGAGUGGAGAAGGGUUAGUUUCUCUUUUCUACCGAACUCUCUUUGAUGGAAAUAUGCACUUAGCUUGAUGGUGCAAACUUCUCAUAUGUUAUCCAUGUCUUCUUACACUGAUCUUUAUCAAUUUGAUAUCAACUACGUACCUGUGGAGUAUUCCAAUCAGGCCGGCCGAGAUAAUAUCAUAUGGGAGGCUAAAUCGGUGGACUCUUUUAACGCUAUGAAACGAUGAACCACGACCAAAACAUAAAAUACUCUAUCGCUGAUUUUUCCAGUACAACCUCCAGUACGAUUUAACAAUCAUUGGAAGGUACUAUAAAAAAAAAAUACAAAGUUAAUGGAUGGUAUUGCAUUAUGUGCAUCCCCCAAUCUACAAAAUAUAUAAAGCAUAUUCAUUGGUUCAAUUUUCAGGAUUUUGAAUUUCCAGGCUCCAGAGCACUUCCCGGAAGGAUAUUCUCGACAUUCUACCCUCCAUUUAAUUAUGCUGUGCGUUUUAUCAAACUUACUGCAGCCCAUGUGUACGCCGGGCUUUGCUCUCCACCAAUUUGCGUCGGUAUUGGGCCUGUCAACAAAGACUAUUUGUUCGCACUCUCUAAUAAUGGGUCAUAAUCGGCUACUGAGACCGUUCCCGUUUACCGGUUCGAUCAAUCCCAUCCGUUUUCCCUUGCUUCCCCGUUUGCGUUUUGUCUCCCCUGUUCCGCCACCGCAUAUCAGCAUCAACGAACAGAUCCACAACCCCCUUAUCCCCUCCGUUUCAGCAUCAACGAACAGACAUGCCUGUUACUCUUCUUCCCUGAAAUCGUAGCGGGGUCAUUGGUCUAAGACGCCAAACCGCCGCCGCCAUAAGUUUCUGCUGCCAAUGGAGAAGCAAAAGCAGCUCAACGUCACAUCCCAUUCUGGUGAAAAGGGAGAAAAAUGAAGUAGUCAAGUAGGCGGUUGGUCAACAUUAAAAUGAAAAUGAAGUGGGAUAAAUAGGUUUGCCCUUCAUCCAAAAACAAAGAAACCUGGUUUGCUAAGCAUGGUUAACUGGUGGCAAAGCUCUAUAAAACCGCCUAUACAAGUUUAUGGCGGGUGGAGAAGCUAAGCUAGAAUUGAGUUUUGAGAAUGCUAACCUAUGUUUGAGAACGAAAGGAGGUAGCAAACAUAAUCAGGCCAAGAGUGAGAAAAGUAAUGGAAAUUUGGGCGGGAAUGACGACAACGGAAAGUAGAUGUGAUUCUAAUUCCAGCAGAUGGGCAAAUACAAAUUAUUUAGUUUGAUCCCAGUCUAUUGUACAGACAUCAGUCACUUUUUCAUUUGUCAUGUGUGCAUGAAUUGCACGUGUAGUUUUAUUUGCCAAAUGGAGAGAUGCAUGCCACCUGACCUUUGCCCUUUACCUUUGUGACUUCAACCCAAAAAUCAAAGGUGAUAUAAAUCAAAGGUGAUAAUCAAAGGUGACUUCAACCAAUUAACUUUAUUUUGCUUCUUUGUUAAAGGAUUCAUUUCAUUUGUGGAAAUAUGUAUCGUGUGGAUUACUCCAGUGCAAUUUCUCCUCACUUAUUUCAUUAUUUGGUUGAUUUCUUUUAUCGAGUAACAAAUUUGGUUUUUAUUAUCAAUAAUUAUGACAAUUCGUGUAUUUUUGUAGAUGAUUUUAAGCUUGGUUUGUACAACAAUAUCAUAUGUGCAAGUAAACGUCAAUGGAUCCUUGGUGUAUUAGUGACUAAGGUCUUAGUUUCUUAGCAUUUAGUUUCCGAACUCUAUAAUAAAGGAUAAUUUUUUUUUUUGACUUUUGAACAGGGUCUCCCUGGUCUGGAUUGCAUCACACAGGAGUUGGUUGGUUUGAAUUGUACUCUACAUGGUCUGAUCCAUUGUUUGUGUUCUAACCUUUCGGUCUGGACCAUAGACAAUAUAUAAGGUCAGAUCUGGAUUGUUUCUCACUUAAUUUGGACACUCGCUACUUUCUUUUAACGUUCAUAUGCUCAUUGCAUAUGAGACUUUUCAAAGGACAUGGGGUGGUUGGGUUUGAGAGUGAGAGUGAGCGUGAGCGUGAGAGUGAGGGGUGGAUAGGAGCUAGGGCGGCGGAUUUCGACCAUCGACGGUCACAACGAUUUUGAUUAUACCGGAAGAGCACUAGCGUGUCUGUGUUACUAUGUGGUUGGGGAGAGAACUUUUCAUUUUUUAUUUUUAUUAUCAAAAUCAUAAUGAUCAAAUUACUGGUAUUUCGGCCGUGAUAACAAAUUUCAUUUUGUAUUAAGAAAAAUCAGUUGGAAGACCACCGGUAUGAAACAGUAGUUAAAUUGAUAAAAAAAUGUCAAAAUCUAGAAAAUAGUGGUCCUGCUGAAUCAAUAAAUUUCCGAUAUGUAAACUAAAUGACUUCGUUUUUGUAUAACUAACUAACAAAAAUGAAGGAAUUUCUCGGAUUCAAAUAUCAAACACUUGGAUGAUGUUACUUAUUAGAUUCAAGUAUAAACAUUUGGAUGUUAAUAUUAAAUAUUGCACAUAUAUAUAUAUAUAUAUAUAUAUAUAUAUAUAUAUAUAUAUAUGAUUUCUCAUUUUGUUUGUAAUGUGGUAUUUUUUUUUUAAAUAUGAAUGUAGAUUAUAGAUAGAUUUUCAAUAAAUCAGUUUUACUUCGAUCAUACCAUAUCACUUGCUAAAUCGAUUCAACAAUAAAAAUUGGUAUGACAACCUUGAUCAAGAUAACUAUUGUGUUCUAAAAAAACAAUUGUUGGAUAAUAUUUUGAUUUUUCUAUUAUUUAUUGAUUAUUGUUUUCCUCGAUGUGGCAUUCAGGUCAACAACUCAUUCACGGUUAAAAAUAUGGAUCCUCCACAUUGACUCGAACACAAUAUACAACCCAACUAAAGUUUGAUUACGUACGUAUAAUAGAAAGUAACUCCAAUAUUCAAUGAUUUACUUAAGUAGUCCACCUUAAUUAUAAAUAGUGAAAGACCCUUGGUUGUAUUUUAUUUGAAUGUUAUAACAAUUUUUCUAUUCUUUUUAUUAUAUUUUAGCACAUUUUGAAUAUUUUGACGAGUUGCCAAGAUGUUUUCCAAUAAAGAAUUGUACGAAAUAUAAGAAAAUUAUAAUUUAUUAGUCAAAUCUACAAAAUAUUUCAAAUUAUUAACCAAAUUUUUCGAAAUAAAAAAUAUUAGUAAAAUAUUUUGUAACCCAUCAAAAUAUUAGCCAUUUGUCGAUUAUCGUUAGUAAUUUUGUAACUAUUUUCUUAGUUAAAAUACUAUAAUUUUAGAAUGUUGAUCUCCACAUGUCUUUUCCAAGUCAGUAUCAAGUUGCCAAGUCAAUAUUACUAACAAAACUGCUAGCAGAAAAUUAACGUUUGACUACUAUUUUGUAUUUUGAAAUGUUUGCCUAAUAAUUUGAAAAGUAUUAUAAAAAAAUAAUUUUAAAAGUUUGAAAUAUCUAGCUAAUAAAUUGUAGGGGUAAUACCUUCUUUUGGCCCAAACUAUACUCAAACUUUCUAUUAUUGGCCCUUGGUUUCUAAAAUUGCUCUCUUGGCCCGAACUAUGCAUCAUGCACACUUCCUUGCUUGGUCCGGCGCGGGUUUUGAUCGUUAAAUUGGACGGUCAACUCCAUUGACCGUUAGUCGAGCGCCAGGUCACUUGCCACGUUAGCGAACCCAGAAUAAAAAUUUUGGAUUUGGUUCAAAAUUCAAAUUUUUUUUAUUUCGGAUUCGCUGACGUGGCAAGUGACCUGGUGCUUGACUAACGGUCAAUUGAAUUUACCGUCGAAUUUGCCAGUCAAAACCUGCAUCCGGCAAAGCAAGGAAGUAGUGUGCAUAAUUCGAGUCAAGGCAUUAACCCUAAAUUGUAUUUACCCUAAAAUAUAUAUUGAAUGUGUCUUCAAUAUAUAUCAUAUAUGUAAGACUAUAACUACACAAAUACUAAACUAUCCCGGCCAACAGGCCGGGCCCGGUGCUAGUAAUAUAUAGUACACUUUUGUGUACUUUUUUUCAUUUCAAAUUUCCUGCAACGAGAGUGAAAGUAGGAAGGAUAUUUUUGUCUUUACACUUAAUUAUUUAUCUCACAUAAAAAAUAUCAACAUCAAGAUUUGAACCCGAGUCUCUUCAAACAAAGACAACAAUCACAACCAUUUAUGCUGAACAAAUUUGUUGUGUCCUU